AUGUACAGGGGUAUACCUUCUUUGAAGUGGAUCUCUGGAUUUGGACUGGACCGGUUGAGUGGCGAAGCUGUGGAGUCGGACGGUGUGAGUCUGGCCCGGCAGCGAAAGCGGUAUUCGAAGAAAGACGACGAUUCGACGUCGUUGCCGGCGGACAUUUUUACGGAGGCGCGCGACUUGCCAACCCUGUUCAUGAACGGCUCGACGGCGCCGGUAUUCGCCAAGUCAAGUUUGCAGGGCCAGCAGGACCUCGCGUCUAACGCAAUCCGUCUGCCUUCGGAUGCCUUGAUUGGUAAGCAGUGGUACCUUUACGGACCGAGCCAAGGGGUGGAGUAUGGCGCAAACGUGAUCGACGCAUGGGCCGCGAGUGUGCUGAUUGCACGGAAACGUGCCAGUGGCGUCUCAUUUCCUUGGCAUCGCGCGGCCAGUCUUCCGCCAUUGGUUGGGCCACUGGACAUCGUGGGGGACGUGGGCGAGGGUGCUGGCAGGGGGGCCGGGGAGUUACAACUAGCUGCUGCCCCAAUUGAGUUUAAGGAGGUGUUGCGUGCCGCUCCGGGUUUGACGGUGGCGAUCGCAGACAGCGGUUGCGCCACGAACGAAGACUUGGUCCGGAAGUUGGCGUGGUCAGGUGGCUGUCCGAAGAAGGCCAAGACGGACGGGUUCGGGCGUUGUCUUGGUUACGACUACGGUAACGAGUCGCCAGACCCCACUCAGUCGACCGAGUCACAUGGCACCCAAACAGCCGGGUUGAUUGCCGCUGAGAGCGACAAUCACUGGGGCAUCGCAGCCACCUGUCCGAACUGCAAGCUCAUUUGCAUCAAGAUCUUUAAUGAUGAGACGCGCACCCUUUCCACCACCGCCAUCGUGCGCGCUCUCGAACACAUCGCCAAGUCCGGAGCCAAAGUCAGCAACCAUAGCUACGGUGGUUUCGGAGACGAUCGUCUUGAACGCUACGCCUUUGAACGCCUGCUCGGCAAGGGCGACCAUCUCGCUUUCGUCGCAGCCGGCAACGCCGGCUGCAACAUCGACUGUCGCGGCAAAAAGAACUGCGCCGGCAAGAGAUGCCCCAACACCCAACUCUGGACUCCCGCUUCCUACAACCUCCCCGGACUCAUCAGUAUCGCAAGCAACACCAAAAAGGGCUCCGUCAGCAUGUUCAGCAAUGUCGGACCGAGCAGCGUCCAGAUUUUCACGCCUGGUUCUGAAAUCGUUAGCAUCGAUAAAAGAGGAUCGCCCACUGGCACCGUCGGGAGCGGCACAUCUUUUGCCAGCCCUAUUGCAGCUGGUAUUGCCGCAUUCGUGUGGUCGGUUAUACCCGAGGCCACCGCUGCUCAGGUGCAGAAUGCUAUUCUUACGACCGCUAGACACAACCCGCAGUUCGAAGGUUUAUCCAGAGUACCGGGCAUACUGGACGCUUACAACGUCUUGGUCAAACUAGCUAACCUCGUCUAA